UUUUCUAUCUGCUGUUGUCAGACCAAAAAUUCCUGUAGUAGUUUAAACUUCUCUCUUACUGAAUCACAUUGUAACCCUCUGACAUCUUACAGCCUUCUUUAGAGGUGACAACCCAACAAUUGCAAUAUGAAAAUGAAUCACAUUUGCUGAAAGCAGUAACAUACUAAAGUUUUCUUCUUUUUUUUUGGUUACAACAUACUAAAGUUAAUGUGUAUUUUCAUAUGCACGUAUUUGUGAGGUAGAGGGCUAAUAUUUUCCUGACUUUUUUUCUGAUGUGGAAAUUAAAACAAUUCUUGGCAGGUGGUCGACUUGGAAGAAUCCAGGAGUAAGCUUUCAUAAGAAAAUCAGCAGCUCACACAAAAUGUAACAGCCCUGCAGUUCUAUAUUCAAAACCUUGGGAGGAACAUGACCUCUGGUUGUUCAUCAGAUGAAGUUAAAAAGCAAGCAUCUGGCCAUGAGGACCUGAACUCUCAGAUUGAAGCAUCAAGUGCUCUUGUCAACAAACUGAUCAUGGAGAAUGCAGUGCUAGUUGAGAAGGUGAAUGAGUUGUAUGUUAAGCUUGAGCUACAAAGUAUGGCAGCAGGACAUUCUACAGUCAGUGAAAUGUCCGAUUCUCUACCUAAAUCCAUUGAGAAUGGUUCUAUAUUGGCUCCAAAGUUGGAUUCUCUAGAAGCUUUUCCAAUUAACAAUGACCAAAUUGAUGGUGAGAAUGUGGAUGAGCAACCUGCCGCCCCUCUUCCACUCUUUGUAGAAGCUGGGGACUCUGGAGAAAUUGUGCAAAUUCCUCUGGAUGAUGCUGAUCUAAGGGAUUUGGAGUCCCAGGCUACUGACAGUGAAGACAAUGCUGUGCCACUCACAGAUGCUCCCCUGAUUGAUGCUCCAUUCCGGUUAAUAUCAUUUGUCGCUAAAUAUGUUAGUAGUGCUGACAUGGUUAGCAAUACUUUAUGCUCAGAGUCUUAGCUUAGAUGCAAUU